UUUUCAUGCACAUCAUUGGUCUCCGGAGAGAUCGUAAUAAAUUCCUAUACACACUAUACCGAGAUCACUGGUUAAAAGUUAGCUAAUUGAAAGAUGACAUUCUACAACGACAUUUAUCCAUUUUACCCUCAACAAAGAACGCCCUUCAUCUUCAACCUCAGCCAGCUCAUAGUGAUUCUGGUGUUCUUAGUCCUUAGUUGCAGUUUCCUUGUUAUACUACCCGGAAUCCGAGGGAGAGGGAGGCUGUUUUGGAUGUUCAGAAUUGUCCUCAGUCUUUUCAUUGGUGUGGUCACUGUCGCUGUCAAUUUUACAAGUGACUGGGCGACUGGCUAUAUUAAAACAAACACAACUUACAAAUCAUUCAGCAAUGCCAUGGUUAGUGCUGAGAUCGGACUACAUGUGGGGUUUGAUGGGAUCAAUAUAACACUUAAAGGCAAUCCAGUGAUGCAGUUAAAUGAAACUAUAAACUACAAUGAAAUGUUCCAGUGGACGGAUGACUAUAAGGAGGACUAUGUUAAAGCUCUAGCGAGAGGUCUUCCCAACCCAAUCCUGUACAUUGCAGAGAAGUUCACUCAAGACAGCCCCUGUAGUCUGUUAUUCCAAUACAAGUACUCAGGACAUUAUGCAUCAGCUACCAUGUGGGCUGCAUUCUGCUGCUGGCUCAUCUCCAACGUUCUCUUCUCCAUGCCAGUUAUUUUGUAUGGGGGCUACAUGAUAGUGACCACAGGAGCAUUCAUCAUCUUUUCAUUGAUUUCCUUUGCCACGAUCCAUAAUGCACAGUUUUGCACUAUCAGUUUGGGCACCGUGUCUCUGGAGACUGCCUUUGGUGGAUCUUUCUGGCUGUCACUAGUAACAGGGAUACUGUGCAUUCUCAUUGGAGGAGCUGUGAUUCUGAUGGACGUCUUCAUUCCGCAGAAGUUAAAGAUUUUAUUUACAGCGAAUGAGGGGGACGAGGAGAAUGACAUCACUGAAUGCUACCUUAAUAAAAGCUUUCUCGAAAAGGAUAACGUGUUACCAUUGGGAGAAGUAAGAUCGUCUGUACCGCUUUAGGUAUGGAAGAUUUCACUCAAAGCAUCCAGCUGGACUUAAAGAAGAGCCAAACUAA